UGAGCCUCGGGAGGUGGGAGGAGGCGGCGUUUCCGGUCGCUGUCGCUGUCCUGGGAGGCUGAGGCGAGAGGUAGCUGUUCGGGUGGGGAACCGGCACUACCUUCUUCCUCUUCCUCCUCCUCCGGGUGAGGGGAGCGAAGGUUGGGGCCCCCGAGCCCAUGGACCAGGAGGAGGCGGAGGCCGCCAAGAGCCGGGGCCCUGCUAUGUGGCCCUGAGCCCCGUGUACUGGUUCCGCCUGUCUGGAAGGCCAUGGAGAAGAGGCUGGGAGUCAUGCCAAGUCCUGCUUCCUGGAUUUUAUCAGGAUGUUGUUGGCAGACAUCUGUGAAGUGGUUGAGAAGCCUGUACCUGUUUUAUACUUGCUUUUGCUUCAGUGCUCUGUGGUUGUCAACAGAUGCCAGUGAGAGCAGGUGCCAACAGGGGAAGACACAAUUUGGAGUUGGCCUGAGAUCUGGUGGAGAAACUCACCUCCAGCUUCUUGAAGGAACCCCCUCCCUCCAGUCAUGUUGGACUGCCUGCUGCCAGGACUCUGCUUGCCAUGCCUUUUGGUGGCUAGAAGGGAUGUGCAUUCAAGCAGAUUGUAGCAGGCCCCAGAGCUGCCGAGCUUUUAGGACAGACUCUUCCAAUUCCAUGCUGGUGUUUUUUAAAAAGUUCCAAACUGCAGAUAUUUUGGGCUUUCCACCUGAAGAUGAUGUACCACAUCUUCUGGGGCUAGGUUGGAGCAGGGCAUCUUGGAGGAGGCAGAGCCCACCCAGAGCUCCAUUCAGACCUGCUGUAUCUUCCAGUGACCAGGAGAGCUUAAUCAGGAAACUUCAGAAAAGAGAGAGUCCUCCUGAAGAAGUAGUUAUACCUGUAGUGACACAGCAUUCUAAAGUGAAUGGCUCCAAGGAACUAGGUAAUCUGACAACCAAUGGCUCUGCAGAGGUCCACAAGGCAGUUACAAUUUCCAGUCUCUUAACCACAGACCUGACUGCAGAGAUGCCUGGUUGGCCAAAGAAUGUAUCAGUGCAACCUGAGAUAUCAAAGGAUCCUGUUCCUACACCCAGCAGUCAGCAAGUCAAAAGUUCUGGGAACAUCCAGAUUGCUACCUCUCUGCCAGUGGCUCCCUCCUAUAGUUAUGCCACUCCUGCCCCUCAGCCCUCUUUUCAGAGCACCUCAGCACCACACCCAGUUAUAAGAGAACUGGUGGUAUCUGCUGGAGAGAGUGUACAGAUAACCCUACCCAAGAAUUCGGUUCAAUUAAAUGCAUAUGUUCUCCAAGAACCACUUCAAGGAGAAACCUACACCUACGACUGGCAGCUGAUUACUCAUCCUAAAGACUACAGUGGAGAAAUGGAAGGGAAAUAUUCCCAGAUCCUCAAACUAUCCAAGCUCACUCCAGGACUGUAUGAAUUCAAAGUGCUUGUAGAAGGUCAAAAUGCCCACGGGGAAGGCUAUGUGAACGUGACAGUCAAGCCAGAGCCCCGUAAGAAUCGGCCUCCUGUUGCCAUUGUGUCACCUCAGUUCCAGGAGAUCUCUCUGCCAACUACUUCUACAGUCAUUGAUGGCAGCCAAAGCACUGAUGAUGAUAAAAUCGUCCAGUACCAUUGGGAAGAACUUAAGGGGCCUCUGAGAGAAGAGAAGAUUUCUGAAGACACAGCCAUACUAAAACUAAGUAAGCUCGUCCCUGGGAACUACACUUUCAGCUUGACUGUAGUAGAUUCUGAUGGAGCUACCAAUUCUACGACUGCAAGCCUGACCGUGAACAAAGCUGUGGAUUACCCCCCUAUUGCCAACGCAGGCCCCAACCAAGUGAUCACCCUGCCCCAAAACUCCAUCACCCUCUUUGGAAACCAGAGCACUGAUGAUCACGGCAUCACCAGCUAUGAGUGGUCACUGAGCCCAAACAGCAAAGGGAAGGUGGUGGAGAUGCAGGGUGUUAGAACACCAACCCUGCAGCUCUCUGCAAUGCAAGAAGGAGACUACACUUACGAACUCACAGUGACUGACACAAUAGGACAGCAGGCCACCGCUCAAGUGACUGUUAUUGUGCAGCCUGAAAACAACAAGCCUCCUCAAGCAGAUGCAGGCCCAGAUAAAGAGCUCACCCUUCCUGUGGACAGCACAACCCUGGAUGGCAGCAAAAGCUCCGAUGAUCAGAAAAUUAUCUCAUAUCUUUGGGAAAAAACACAGGGACCUGACGGGGUGCAGCUCGAGAACGCUAACAGCAGUGUUGCCACUGUGACCGGGCUUCAAGUGGGGACCUAUGUGUUCACCUUGACUGUCAAAGAUGAGAGGAACCUGCAAAGCCAGAGCUCUGUGAAUGUCAUUGUCAAAGAAGAAAUGAACAAACCACCUAUAGCCAAGAUAACUGGGAAUGUGGUGAUCACCUUGCCCGCAAACACAGCAGAGCUGGAUGGUUCCAAGUCCUCUGAUGACAAGGGAAUAGUCAGCUACCUUUGGACUCGGGAUGAGGGGAGCCCAGCAGCAGGCGAGGUAUUAAAUCACUCUGACCAUCACCCUAUCCUCUUUCUUUCCAACCUGGUUGAGGGAACCUACACAUUUCACCUGAAAGUGACCGAUGCAAAGGGUGAGAGUGACACAGACCGGACCACUGUGGAGGUGAAACCUGGUGAGUGGAAUUGUGGGUCAGCCAAUCAAGGCAUCUGUCCUAAGACCCCUUCCCCCAAUGUGGACACACUUCAGCUCAUUCAUCCUGUUCCAUGUCUCUGCAGCACCAAGAUGGUAUUUUUUGUUCAAAACGAGCCUCCCCACCAGAUCUUCAAAGGCCAUGAGGUGGCAGCGAUGCUCAAGAGCGAGCUGCGGAAGCAGAAGGCAGACUUUCUUAUAUUCGGAGCCCUGGAAAUCAAUACUGUCACAUGUCAGUUGAACUGUUCUGACCAUGGCCACUGCGAUUCCUUCACCAAACGCUGUAUCUGUGACCCCUUUUGGAUGGAGAAUUUCAUCAAGGUGCAGCUGAGGGACGGAGACAGCAACUGUGAGUGGAGCGUGUUGUAUGUUAUCAUUGCUACCUUUGUCAUUGUCGUUGCCUUGGGAAUCCUGUCUUGGACUGUGAUCUGUUGUUGUAAGAGGCAAAAAGGAAAACCCAAGAGGAAAAGCAAAUACAAGAUCUUGGAUGCCACAGAUCAAGAAAGCCUGGAGCUGAAGCCAACUUCGCGAGCAGGCACCAAACAGAAAGGCCCAGCGCUGAGCAGCAGCCUGAUGCACUCUGAGUCAGAGCUGGACAGCGACGACGCCAUCUUCACGUGGCCAGACCGAGACAAGGGCAGACUCCUGCACGGUCAGAACGGCUCUGUGCCCAACGGGCAGACCCCACUCAAGGCCAGGAGCCCACGGGAGGAGAUCCUGUAGCCACCCGGUCUGUCUCUUCGGGCCCAGCUCCCAGCGCGCUGCCGAGCCGGUCCUCCUACCUCCCGAGUCUGCGGGCAGCUGCCCUCCCGGCGUCCGCCGGUCACUCCACCCCAACACCCCCGGCCAGACCGCUGAGACUUGAAUCAGAGACAUUCUCUAGGAACCCCUGAAUGAAGCUGUGAAUGAAGAGGUUUCCUCUUCACACCUGUCUGGUGGGCCCCCAAGUAUCCUGACCUCAGGGCCUCCGUUUUUGCAAACCCCUCCCCUGCCCCAGGACAGACGCAGCCAGCUCCCGGCCUCCUCUGCAGCUCCCGUUGGCAGCGUCGCUGUGCCCAGGGUGCCCAGGACAGGGCCUGCUGUACCACCCCUACAAACACAUCUGGGCACAGAACCAAGCACCACCAGCCUCCUGGCUCCAGAGAGCCCGACCGUGGGCACCUCUUUGCUCUCUUCUCCGGGGGAGAGUGCACCUCUCGCUGGGCCAGUAGGAGGUAGCGUCCCCUCCCUGCACCACUGAUGCUGGGACGGUAGUGCAGAAAUGAUGUCUGGAGCCCCUUAGCACUGGAGCCCCACCUUCUCCUGUCUGGCCUGAGACACAGGGAGGAUUAGCUGGUGCAGGGAUGAGAAGGGACCUCUCCGGCUGCUGGGUUAGACUGCCUCCCCGCCUCGUCCUCUGACCAGCACUUGCUGCUUCAGGGCUUAGGCCACCACUCCUGUCCCCAGAGGAGGCAGCCUCAGAUGGACUGGAAUGCUGUGGCAUGAGAGCGCAUGUGUGCGACCGCCUGCUGUGGUCCCCUCCGUCCCUUGCAUGUGUGCGUGUUAGAGUGAGCGCGUGCCAGCUCCUCGAAGGGCUCUUGGCUGCUCACAAGGCAGCCUGGACUCGGAAAGACUUUCAGCUCCUUGGAACGGAGACUUCCUGGGUCCCUCUGGCCCUGCUCCUCCGCCGUGGCAUCUGGGUGUUGAGGAAUGGGAGCUUUGGGGGAGUUACUUUUUAAAAAAGACACAACAAAUUUCUACUACUGCACUACUGUCUGUUGUGAGAUGAUUAAACAUCUAUUUAAUUGUG